UGACCAUUGACUCUUUUGCCCCUGCCGCUCAAGCUCAACGAUUUGGGAGCCCUCCACUCUCGCCGCCGCCGCCGGCCGCCGCCGCUGAGGUCUGCAUCCCGGGGGAGAGCGAGGGUCUAGCGAUGGAUGUGGGGUCGUGCCACCUCGGCGGCAACGCCGACGCGGUGGAGUUCUGCCCGCACCGCCCCUUCCGCCACAUCCUGGCGGCCGCCACGUACACGCUGCAGGAGCAGGCGGGGGAGGAGGAGCAGCAGCAGCAGCAGGACCGCGCGGGAACCGUGUCGCUCUUCUCCGUCGACGCCGGCGCGGAGGACGAGUCCCGACGGCUCCGGCUGCUCCACACGGUGGAGACCGCCGGCGUCUUCGACAUGAAGUGGAGCCCCACGGCGCCGCUGCUCGCGCAGGCCGACGCCCACGGCCGCCUCGUGCUCCGGCGCCUCGAGCAUGAAGACGGCUCGGACGAAGGUGUCGUUCUCACAGAUGUGGUUGCUGGAAACAUUUCUUCAUCAAUGUGCUUGUAUGUGGACUGGAACCAAAAUGCCGAUUCCCUGGCCGUUGCAUUAUCAGAUGGUUCACUGUCUGUGGUUCCCAUGAGAGAGGACCGCCUGGAGGUAUCAGAACAAUGGACUGCUCAUCAGUAUGAAGUUUGGACAUGUUAUUUCGAUCGUGCAAGACCACACUUGUUGUACAGUGGAUCGGACGACUGCUCUUUCGGUUGCUGGGAUUUGCGGGAAAGCCCAUCGAAUGCCGUGUUUCGGAAUAAGAAGACUCAUACUAUGGGUGUGUGUUGCAUUGCUCAGAACCCAUUGGAGGGGAAUAUGCUACUCACUGGAAGCUAUGAUGAAUUUCUCAGAGUUUGGGACAUGAGAUCAAUGAUGAAACCUGUGAACGAGAAGUCCCUAAAUUUAGGAGGUGGUGUAUGGAGGUUGAAAUAUCAUCCUAAUUUGCAGAUGUCGUAUUGGCUGCUUGCAUGCACAACGGUUUUGCCAUUGUUAAAGCAGGGGCUGGAGAUGCUACCAUAAUGGAAACAUAUGGCAAGCAUGAGUCCUUAGCAUAUGGUGCAGAUUGGCAGACAAGUGAAGCAGCGGAACAUAACACAAAUUCUUCAGUUAUCGCUACUUGUUCAUUUUAUGACCGCCUUCUCCGUGUGUGGCAACCAGAGAACCUAGUCAACCACCCAACCUCUUAAGGCGUAAAACAUCAUUAUGCCCAGUUGAAGUAUCAAUAUGGCAUGGACCAACCUAUUCCCUGAAUGAACCAAAUUGAUUUCAUUCAGGUAGCUCUUUGAAUUUAUGUUAAUUUAUUUCAAAUGAUGAGCUUAUAGUA